AUGCUACCGGAGAGCUACGACACAGAUGUAGGCGAACAGGGACGAUCGCUGUCAGGCGGGCAGAAACAACGUAUCGCCAUAGCACGAGCGCUGGUGCGUAAACCUAAGAUUCUUCUCUUGGAUGAAGCUACGAGCGCACUUGACACUCAGAGUGAACAGAUGGUCCAACAAGCAUUGGAAAAGGCAAAACUUGGUCGUACGGUAAUUACAGUUGCCCAUCGCCUCAGCAGCGUGCAAAACUGCGACCGGAUACUGUACAUAGAAAAUGGAGUUGUGGCAGAAAGCGGAACUCACGCCGAACUCAUGAGGCUGAAUAGAAAGUAUGCGACUUUAGUACGAGCUCAAAAUCUAGAGGGUGGUGGUUGA